AAGUGACGUCGAGGCGCAGCUCGGCCAUGGCGCAGCAGAGUGACGCGACCGCUCGGUGCAGCUGGACAUGGCGGCGCUGCUGAGAGGUCUGCGGGCUGGAAGGACCCUCCGGGGGCUGAGCAGCGUUGUUGCUGCUCCGUCGGCAGUGAACCCUCAGUGCAGCAGCUUGAACAGAGGUUUCCACAGAGCAGCUCUGAGGCUGCAGGACGAGUACAAAUCUGACAAACCUCCGUCCUCCUCUUCCUCCUCCUCUUCUUCAUCCACUACCUACCACGAGCACUACCAGGCUCACUCUGCAGAACAUGACACAGCAGCAGAAGCUUCCCAGCAUGACUCAGCGUCUGAUCCGUCAGCAGAGCAGCCUGAACGGCCAAACACCAGCUACCAGGACCAGAGCGGAGAACACGGCGAAGAGUACGAAACCGAGGAGCAGCUUCAGUCUCGGAUCCUGACGGCUGCUCUGGAGUUUGUUCCACUGCACGGCUGGUCGAUGGAGGCGAUCGCAGCCGGAGCCGAGACUCUGGGUCUGUCCUCUGCCUCCACUGGGAUGUUCUACAACGGAGCUGGAGAUCUGGUUCUUCACUUCAUCGCUCACUGCAACUCACAGCUGACGGAGAUUCUGGCUGAACAACACAAGCAGGUCCAGCUGGGUCAGACUGAACCAAAGAAGACUGCUGACUUCCUCAGAGAGGCAGUAGAGACCAGACUACGGAUGUACAUCCCCUACAUAGAAACCUGGCCUCAGGCGAUGAGCAUCCUUCUCCUUCCCCACAACAUCCCCGACUGCCUGAAGCACCUGUCCUCCAUGGUGGACGACAUCUGGUACUACGCUGGAGACCGGUCCACAGACAUGAACUGGUACACCAAGCGGGCGGUGCUGACGGGGAUCUAUAACACCACCGAGCUGGUGAUGCUCCAGGAUUCCUCCCCAGACUUCCAGGACACCUGGAGCUUCCUCGACAAUCGCAUCCAGGACGUGGUCAACAUGGCCAGCUCAGCCAAACAGGUGCAGUCGACGGGUGAAGCAGUGGUGCAGGGGCUCAUGGGAGCUGCUGUCACACUGAAGAACCUCACAGGGUUGAACCAGAGGCGAUGAUCUGGAAAACUCUGUCGCGUUGACACCGACCAUCUGAACCCACAAGCUGAGCUGAAGAUCAAUGUUCCUUCUGCUCCUAUUUCUGAUUAACUGUCAUAAAUGCCUCUAAGCUGUUGAAUUUGGGCUUUUUGUUGAGCAAGAACAUGUUAUCGGACGUCACAGGUCCACAGUGGCUUUGAACUGUUUCACUGUCCAAGAUUUCACUUUUCGUCCUUUGUACAGAAGGAUGCGUCGAUCUGUAAUCAAAUAAGAGUUCAAUAAAGUAGUUAUUGUAUAUUUA